AUGGUAGCGGUCGGUUUGUGGACGUCCGGAAGGAACUUACCGGGUGAGAGUAGCACUGCCGGCCCUCACGGCCGGACGGACAGCACGAGAGAACAUUGUGAAAGAGGAAGAAGUAAGGACGGGGGGCCAUUGGUCAGGGCCUCCCUGACCUCAUUUUACUAUCAAGCGCCAACUCUCUUCUGUAGACUCGGCAGGCGGCCAACAUCGAGUUUCCGUCUCCCUCCGCCUCGAGCCUAUUUCCAUUCUUCUUCAGCAGCGCAACGUGCUCGAGUCUCCUGGCUUGCGAUCAUGAGUUCCUCCGAGGAUGACACCCCGCUCGUCAAGGCAAAUGGCCGAUCUACUAACAAGGUAGCGGACGCCAAAAUGGACAACGCGACUGAGACGAAUGGUCAUGUCGACCCCGGCGUGUCAAUUCGCUUUGGUCCUGUGAAGACCGAGGAUGUUGACAUGGAGGAUGCGGAUGCCGAAGACCGCGGCGCCGGAAAGCGAAAGGCGCGAACAAGCAUAGGCCAAAAAUCAUAUGCGGAACCAGAGUCUAGCGAGGAGGAAGAUCAGCCCCUGAGUAAACGCCGACGGACCUCGGUCAAACAUGAAGACCCAGAGUCAGAUGAGGACGUGCCCCUGGCAGCCAAUGGAAGAAAACUUCCUAAGGCCUCAGAGACUGCCAUUGGGGAGGAAUCUGAUUCUGAUGUCCCUAUCGAAAGGAAACUUGCCACCCAAAAGAAAAAUAUUCAACAAAAGGCAGAGAAAGACACCAAGACUAGUGCCUCGAAAUCCGCGAAACCCGCGGCAAAGCCUGCAGCAAACAACAGAAAGAAGCAGACCAACGGCGUUAAGAAAGAACCGGUUGAUGAUGCGCCAGCACCUAGAAAAGCCGCUGCCACAAGAACCACCAAGGUCAAGGCAGAGCCAAAGUCCGAGCAGUCGACUCCUGUCAAAAAGGGCAAAGGCAAGGCUACGCCGGUCAAAGAGGAAAGUGCGGAUGCCGACGACGGCGCAGACGAGGAAGAAGAAUACAGGUGGUGGGAAGACCCAACCAAGGGCGAUGGAACCAUCAAGUGGACUACCCUUGAGCAUAAUGGUGUCGUUUUCCCACCGCCUUAUGAACCCCUUCCCAAGGAUGUCAAGAUGAAAUAUGAUGGUGUUCCCGUCAAUCUUCAGCCUGAAGUCGAGGAGGUAGCUGGAUUUUUCGGUAGCAUGUUGAACUCAACUCAGCACGUCGAAAACUCCAGGUUCCAACAAAACUUCUUCAUGGACUUCAAAGAUAUUCUCAAGAAAAAGGGAGGGGCAAAGGACCCCAAGGGCAACAAGAUCGAUAUCAAAGAAUUCUCCAAGUGCGAUUUCAGCCCCAUUUUUGCCUACUACGAUGCCAAGCGUCAAGAGAAAAAGGCCCUCCCUCCGGCUGAAAAGAAACGCUUGAAGGCUGAGAAAGAUGAGGAAGAAGCGCCCUUCCAGUAUUGCACAUGGGAUGGACGGAAGCAGAAAGUUGGCAACUUCCGUGUUGAACCACCGGCUCUUUUCCGUGGUCGUGGUGAGCACCCCAAGACCGGGCGUGUGAAAUCCAGAGUCCAACCAGAGCAGAUCACCAUCAAUAUUGGAAAGGAUGCUCCGGUUCCUCCUCCGCCUGAAGGCCACCGCUGGAAGGAAGUUAAGCAUGACCAGGAGGGCACUUGGCUUGCUAUGUGGCAGGAGAACAUCAACGGAAACUACAAAUAUGUCAUGCUCGCUGCCAACUCUGAUGUCAAGGGGCAGAGUGAUUACAAGAAGUUCGAAAAGGCCCGUGAGCUGAAACAUCACAUUGCCCGAAUUCGCAAGGAUUACCAGAAGAACUUGAAGCAUGAGUUGAUGGUCGAGCGCCAAAAGGCCACUGCUGUUUACCUUAUCGACCAGUUUGCCCUUCGUGCUGGUAAUGAGAAAGGUGAAGACGAAGCUGAGACGGUUGGAUGUUGCUCCCUGAAAUAUGAAAACGUCACACUUAAGCCGCCAAACAAGGUCAUCUUUGACUUCCUGGGUAAAGAUAGUAUCCGGUUCUAUGACGAAGUCGAGGUCGAUACCCAGGUCUUCAAGAAUCUCAAGAUAUUCAAGAAGGCACCUAAGAAGGAUGGCGAUGAAAUUUUUGACCGACUGACGACAUCUGCCCUGAACAAGCAUCUUUCUGUUUACAUGCAAGGCUUGACUGCCAAGGUGUUCCGUACUUAUAACGCUUCCCACACCAUGGGUGCCCUUCUCAAGGAGAUGAAUGCCACGGGCACUGUGGCAGAGAAGGUCAAGGCUUACAACGAUGCGAACCGCAAGGUCGCCAUUCUUUGCAACCACAAACGUACUGUUGGUGCCGCGCACGCUGGGCAGAUGGAGAAAAUGAGUGAACGGAUCAAGGGCUUGCGUUACCAGAAAUGGCGACUGAAGCAAAUGAUGCUUGAUCUGGAACCUACCCUCAAGAAGAAGAAGGGCGCCAAGUUUUUUGAAUUGGAUGAGGACAUUGACCAAGAAUGGAUCAAGGAGCACCAGGCCUUCCUGAUGGAAGAGCAGCGUCAGAAGAUCAACAAGAAAUUUGAGAAGGACAACGAAAAGCUGGCCGCCGAGGGAGAAAAGGAGAUGAAGGCCAGUGAGCUUGAGGAGCGUCUGAAGGCUGUCAAGGACAUGGAAAAGAAGUUUAACAAGGAGAACAAGACCGGCAAGGUGGAGGCUGAAGGCAAGGGCCCCACGGUCGAGAAGCUCGAGACCUCCAUUAGCAAACUCGAGCAGCGCGUUGAUACCAUGUCUGUUCAAGCACAAGACAAGGAGGACAACAAGGAAGUGGCACUUGGAACAUCGAAGAUUAACUACAUCGAUCCUCGUCUCACGGCAGUCUUUACCAAGAAGUUCGACGUGCCCAUUGAGAAGUUCUUCUCCAAGUCCUUGCGAGAGAAAUUCGAAUGGGCCAUCAAGUCCGUCGACGAGAAUUGGGAGUUUUAGUUAUUUUUCUUUUGCAGUCACUUAGCCAGGUUGUGAUACCUCCCCUGGCUCGUUUUGUCUCCUUUUUCUCUUUUCUUUUUGCUUAUUUCCAACGGUGGGUGGAUGGGGUUAUCAUAUAGCAUUUGAUGCAUUUUCAAAAUCUUUCCUUUUUUAUCUGAACGGCUCUCUAUAAAGGCAGACCCCUUGCCAUGAUACACGCGGCGGAUUCUCAAGGGGAUCUUCGUCUUCGUGUUGUGCUUUCUGGUCUCCUGUUUUUUGUUUCAAGAUGAAGAAAGAAAAAGACACAGUCAAGAUAGACUUGGCUUUUAUAUGAAUAAACCAAAUAUAAUGUGACUAUACUUAUACUUUUAUUUUGAUAUGCAAAUUUCAAUGCUUGCAAAAGUUCCAGCAAUAUGAAGUUGACUUGUUCUAUCC